UUAAUAGUGAUAAAUGCUGUAAAGGAAAAAACAUAAGGUGCUAUGAAAGUGUAGUAUUUGAAAUGUUUUAUUUGGACUUGAUACCUGGAACAAGUUUUUUUAAAAAUAGUUAAUAUAGUUAAAAAAUAAAUAUAGUUCACUGGUCAGUGUAUCAUGUGCCUAAUAUGCAUAUAAACAGUAACGGUAAAUGUUUAGUAACUUGAGCACAGUUACACAUAUCCAUGUAUUUUUUUAUUUCUGUUUUUGCAUUGCUAGAGUUGGAUUUUGCUAAUUGCAGAAAAAAUGGCAUUUUGCUACAUUUGAAAAUAUGAAGGUGCAUUGGAUCCUGCUAACUUGUUGGAUUCUGCUAAAUUAUUAGCAGUGCAACUCUCAGGUUUUGUAGUUAAGAACAUAAAUCCACUAAAUAAAAAUAUUUUUAAUAGAACAAUAUGGAAUUAGAGUAACUCUCCUUUCUCCUACUCAAAAUUUGAUUUGCUGAAGCUGCCUCCCGAAAAUCAUGGGUAUCGACACUCUGGUCAGAACUUGCUCCGGACUCUCAUAUGGCAGAAUCAGAAAUAUUAAAAGUUUGUCAGAUAUCCAGAUAGUACAGGUUGCUUGCGGUUACUAUCAUUCACUUGCACUUUCUAAAGCAAGUGAAGUCUUCUGUUGGGGACAAAAUAAAUAUGGCCAGUUGGGUUUAGGCAUUGACUGUAAAAAGCAAGCUUCACCACAGCUGAUUAAGUCUUUGCUUGGAAUCCCUUUCAUGCAAGUUGCAGCAGGAGGAGCCCAUAGUUUUGUACUCACCCUUUCUGGAGCUAUUUUUGGAUGGGGACGCAACAAAUUUGGUCAACUAGGUCUUAAUGAUGAAAAUGAUAGGUAUGUUCCUAAUUUACUAAAGUCACUAAGAACUCAGAAAAUAGUUUAUAUUUGUUGUGGAGAAGAUCAUACUGCUGCACUAACCAAGGAAGGUGGAGUGUUUACUUUUGGAGCUGGAGGGUAUGGUCAGUUGGGUCAUAACUCUACCAGUCAUGAAAUAAACCCAAGGAAAGUUUUUGAACUUAUGGGAAGCAUUGUCACUCAGAUUGCUUGUGGAAGGCAGCACACUUCUGCUUUUGUUCCUUCAUCAGGACGAAUUUAUUCUUUUGGACUUGGUGGUAAUGGGCAGCUAGGAACUGGUUCAACAAGCAACAGGAAAAGUCCUUUCACUGUGAAAGGAAAUUGGUUCCCUUAUAAUGGGCAGUGUCCACCAGAUACUGAUUCUGAAGAAUAUUUCUGUGUGAAAAGAAUUUUCUCAGGGGGAGAUCAAAGCUUUUCACAUUAUUCUAAUCGCCAGAACUGUGGACCACCAGAUGACUUUAGAUGUCCUGAUCCUUCGAAGCAGAUCUGGACUGUGAAUGAAGCUCUAAUUCAAAAAUGGCUGAGCUACCCCUCUGGAAGGUUGCCUGUGGAGAUAGCCAAUGAAAUAGAUGGAACGUUUUCUUCCUCUGGUUGUCUAAAUGGAAGCUUUCUAGCUGUUAGCAAUGAUGAUCACUAUAGAACAGGCACCAGAUUUUCAGGGGUUGAUAUGAAUGCUGCUAGGCUUUUAUUCCACAAACUUAUACAACCUGAUCAUCCUCAGAUAUCUCAGCAGGUGGCAGCUAGUUUGGAAAAGAAUCUUAUUCCUAAACUGACUAGCUCCUUACCUGAUGUUGAAGCAUUGAGGUUUUAUCUUACUCUACCAGAAUGCCCCCUGAUGAGUGAUUCCAACAAUUUCACAACAAUAGCAAUUCCCUUUGGUACAGCUCUUGUGAACCUAGAAAAGGCACCAUUGAAAGUACUUGAAAACUGGUGGUCAGUACUUGAACCUCCACUAUUCCUCAAGAUUGUAGAACUUUUUAAGGAAGUUGUGGUACAUCUUUUGAAACUCUACAAGAUCGGCAUUCCCCCUUCUGAAAGAAGAAUUUUCAACAAUUUUCUUCAUACUGCAUUAAAGGUUUUAGAAAUAUUGCAUAGGGUAAAUGAGAAAUCGGGACAGAUUAUACAGUAUGAUAAAUUUUAUAUACAUGAAGUACAAGAAUUGAUAGACAUAAGGAAUGAUUAUAUCAACUGGGUCCAACAGCAGGCCUAUGGAAUGGAUGUCAACCAUGGAUUAACUGAGUUGGCAGAUAUCCCUGUUACAAUCUGCACAUAUCCAUUUGUAUUUGAUGCCCAAGCAAAAACUACUCUGUUACAGACAGAUGCAGUGUUACAGAUGCAGAUGGCUAUUGACCAGGCCCACAGACAGAAUGUCUCCUCUCUUUUUCUCCCCGUGAUUGAAUCUGUGAAUCCCUGCUUAAUUCUAGUUGUGCGUAGAGAAAAUAUUGUAGGAGAUGCAAUGGAAGUCCUUAGGAAAACAAAGAAUAUAGACUACAAAAAGCCGCUCAAGGUUAUAUUUGUUGGAGAAGAUGCUGUUGAUGCAGGAGGAGUACGCAAAGAAUUUUUCUUGCUCAUCAUGAGAGAAUUGUUGGAUCCUAAAUAUGGCAUGUUUAGGUAUUACGAAGAUUCCAGGCUCAUUUGGUUUUCUGAUAAGACUUUUGAAGACAGUGAUUUAUUCCAUUUGAUUGGUGUUAUCUGUGGAUUAGCAAUUUAUAAUUUUACUAUUGUGGACCUCCAUUUUCCUUUGGCUUUGUAUAAAAAACUGCUAAAAAAGAAGCCAUCCUUGGAUGAUUUGAAGGAACUAGUACCUGAUGUUGGAAGAAGCAUGCAACAAUUACUGGAUUAUCCAGAAGAUGAUGUUGAGGAAACAUUUUGUCUUAAUUUUACGAUCACAGUUGAAAACUUUGGUGCAACAGAAGUGAAAGAGCUGGUUCUAAAUGGUGCAGACACAGCUGUUAACAAACAAAAUCGGCAGGAAUUUGUUGAUGCUUAUGUGGAUUACAUAUUCAAUAAAUCAGUGGCUUCCUUGUUUGAUGCUUUUCAUGCGGGCUUUCAUAAGGUCUGUGGAGGAAAGGUCCUACAACUCUUCCAGCCAAAUGAACUACAAGCAAUGGUUAUUGGAAAUACAAAUUAUGAUUGGAAGGAACUGGAAAAGAAUACAGAAUACAAAGGGGAAUAUUGGGCAGAACAUCCAACGAUAAAAAUUUUUUGGGAAGUAUUUCAUGAAUUACCAUUGGAAAAGAAAAAACAAUUUCUGUUAUUUUUGACAGGUAGUGAUCGCAUUCCUAUCCUUGGUAUGAAGAGUCUAAAACUGGUCAUCCAGUCAACAGGAGGUGGCGAGGAGUAUCUCCCAGUUUCCCAUACCUGUUUUAAUCUUCUGGAUCUUCCAAAAUACAAAGAUAAAGAAACUCUACGCUCUAAACUGAUUCAAGCAAUUGAUCAUAAUGAAGGCUUCAGUUUAAUAUAACUUUGGAAAUAAUAACUAAUCAGUUUAUUGCAAAAGCAUUAAACUAUUUGUGUUUUUCUUGUGGUGAUGAAUUCAGCAAGGUGACAGAGGUACUAUUAUAAUUCUUACUUGCAAAAUGUUCAGUGCUAUGAGUAUUCAUGAAAGCCAAAAAAUAUUAAUGGAAAAUGAACAAACUGUGUUAAUAUUAAACUUAUUGUACAGAACCAUGGAUUUUUUUUUUUUGCCAUCUUCCAAUAAACAUGCAAGUAUUGUGAAUACAUUAAAGUUUUACUAACAUGAAUUUUAAGAGUUUGCAUAUUUCACAAAUAAUCUGGGGUGUGAGUGCAUGGAAAUGUUGCUUAAUUUUCAAUCACUGAGUGAAAAACCUUUAUCUUUGGCCUGCAAUAGUCAUUCGAUUAUUUUUUCAUUUUGUAAAUAAUGUUAAGUUUUGUAAUAAAAUAGUUAUGUUCUGAUACCAGUACAGUUUCUAUGGUUGUAAUUGAACUGAGCUAAAAGGAUUAACAAUUAUGAUUAAAUCUUAUUCUGAGAAUCUGUAAAAGCAAAAAAUUAGCAUGAUGAAACAUAAUCUUUGCUUUUUUACUAGAAUAAAUAUCCUUGUGCAAAUCUAAAUUAACAGAUAGGAGUUACUUAAAUAACUUGUAGUUCUUUCCUUUUGUGAACCUGGAGAUGCUACUGAUAAAUGGGAGGUUAUCAGAAAGCUUAAUAAUUGGUACUGGAAGAACUGUGUCCUACAGCGGCCAGCAAUAGAGACUGGCUACUGAGAACCAGCCACUGGCUUAUAGCUUCCAGAACUACUGAUGCUGCAGGUUGGUAUUUAGUCAGAAUUUUCAAUGCUUUAGAAAACUAUUUCCUUGAAUUUUUAGAAACAAAUCUUAACACAAUUUUUAUGGUGCUGAUGCUUAGUUAUCUCCUGUGAUUGUAACAGUGAGUUGAUGCAACCCAUGUGACUUUCUGCUAUAAUGCAAAUAUUUAUUUUUUAAAUUUAUUUUUUAAGCCGUGAAAAUUGUUUAAGUAAUAAAGAUUUAUUGGUUUAAUACUU